AUGGAAGCACGGUCUAGCUGGGAACUGCCUGACUUGCGAGAAGGGAGAGUCAAAGCUAUCAGUGACUCUGAUGGAGUGAGCUACCCUUGGUAUGGGAACACCACAGAGACAGUGACUUUGAUUGGCCCUACACAUAAAGUUUCCCGCUUCUCAGUAAGCAUGAAUGAUAACUUUUAUCCCAGUGUGACAUGGGCAGUUCCAGUAAGUGACAGCAACCAACCUUUGCUGACUCGUAUCAAAAGAGACCAAAGCUUCACCACAUGGCUAGUAGCCAUGAAUGCAGGCACUAAAGAGAAGCUAAUUCUUCACACUAUAAAAUGGCGAAUGAGAGUAGACAUUGAGGUGGACCCAACAAAGCCUUUGGGUCAGCGUGCAAGGCUUGUUGGGAGAAGUCAGCAAGAACAGCCAAAACUCUUAACUAGAAUGGAGCCCAUCCCCCCCAAUGCACUGGUGAAACCAAAUGCCAAUGAUGCACAGGUGUUGAUGUGGAGACCCAAGAGAGGGCCUCCAUUGGUGGUAAUCCCACCAAAGCAGUGAGAUACAGCAACAAGGAUCACUUUAAGGAGCUGAAUUGUAGCAUUUUGGUGCAUAUUACUUGCAUUGUUUGAAGCUAACAGACAGCAACUAUUGUCUGCAUGUUAUGUUAGAGGUAGAAGAGGUUUCCUUUCAGUAAAAAGGCACUAUGGUCAAGUGUCUGAAAAAUGGGUACUCACAUGUCAGUAGCACUGGGAGAAACAUGACAGAGUUUUCUAAGGAGAUCUUCCCAUUAGGAAUCAAAAAUAACGUAGCAAGAGGCAUGAGCUGGUCUUGUAACAGAAUCCACACAUUGUGAUGCAAGCAGAUGUUUUUAAAAUUUAAUGCAAAAAAGAGAAUAAAAGUGAAUGAUCUUUCUGAAAACUGGUUGCCCAUAAAACCAUAUUAGUAACGGAGUUCUUCCUCUGUGUUUGAUAGUGCCUCAGGCUGAAGUAAUUUCCUACUAUGUAAAAAAUGGAAGUACAACUAUAUGCACUGGUCCUGAUCAUAACUCAUCUUUUCCACCAUCACAGUGUGUUACAGAGGACUCACAGUAAAGUUUACACUAUGCAUUUGAACAGAUCUGAGGUUCUAGCAAGCCUUCAGGAAAUGUUUACAGUCAUUUUCAAAGCAUGAGGCAGCUCUGCUUAGUGGCCUCUGAAGGCAGGGAGUCCAGGUUCAGCAGAGCGCUGUCCAAGGUGCUGACAUGUCGCAGCACGGAGAAACAGUUGCCUCACCUGAACACCUUUUUAUUCAAAGAAUACAUUUCAGGAGAUUUUACUUUUGAGGUUUUGCAUGCAUCUGUGUAUGUUUCAGAGUAAAUAAUUUUAAAGGGUU